AUGUUCACCUUCUGCUCCCUGCAGGGGGCCCUCUCAGAGUCCACCGCCUCCCAGUCGUUGUUAGAGCUGGAUGGAGGUGUCAAGGUUCUAAUUGAUGUCGGAUGGGACGAGACCUUCGACGUUGAGAAGCUCAAGGAGCUCGAGAAACAAGUACCUACGCUAUCAUUGAUCCUACUCACCCAUGCGACCGUCUCCCACCUCGCCGCCUUCGCUCACUGCUGCAAGAACUUCCCGCUGUUCACUCGCAUCCCCGUCUAUGCCACCCGACCUGUCAUCGAUCUCGGACGAACACUGCUGCAAGAUCUAUACUCGUCGACUCCUGCGGCUGCCACAACUAUCAACCAUGGCUCCCUGGCCGAGACAUCAUACGCCUACAGUCAACCAGCGUCCCCUGAUGACAACUUCCUGCGACAAGCCCCAACCUCCGAAGAAAUCGCCCGGUACUUUUCGCUCGUACAGCCGCUGAAGUACUCUCAACCGCACCAACCGCUGCCAUCUCCCUUCUCGCCUCCCCUGAAUGGUCUGACCAUCACCGCCUACAACUCCGGACACACGCUUGGUGGUACGAUAUGGCACAUUCAGCAUGGAUUAGAGUCGAUUGUUUACGCUGUCGACUGGAAUCAAGCCCGAGAGAACGUCUUUGCAGGUGCUGCGUGGCUGGGAGGUGGACACGGAGGAGCAGAGGUUAUCGAGCAGUUGCGCAAGCCCACCGCACUUGUAUGCAGCAGCAGAACGCCGACAGCGCUGUCUCGCACCAAGCGAGACGAGCAGCUGCUCGACAACAUCCGAGCAUGCGUGGCCAAGGGCGGUACUGUUCUGGUCCCGGUUGACUCCAGCGCCAGGGUCCUUGAAUUGUCAUACCUCAUGGAGCACGCAUGGCGUGAAGAGGCAGCAAAAGGCAAGGAUGCCGCAGGUAGCCUGAGUGGUGCCCAUCUCUAUCUCGCCGCGAGGAAUAUCAGCAGCACUUUGCGCCAUGCCAGGAGCAUGUUCGAAUGGAUGGAUGAGAGCAUCGUGCGCGAGUUCGAAGCCGUCGCCGAUGGUUCCAAGAAUGUUAACGGAGAUGGCAACAAGGGGAAGCAAUCAGGCCCAUUCGACUUCAAGCACCUCAAAUUGCUAGAACGAAAGGCACAGAUUGACCGCCUUCUGCGAAGGUCAACUGAAGAAGGGUGGACGCGAGGCAUGGUCGUUCUUGCCAGCGACAGAAGCAUGGAAUGGGGCUUCUCAAAGGAUGUCCUCAAAUCCAUUGCCCAGGACUCGAAGAAUCUUGUGAUACUUACCGAGAAACCAAAUCUCAGCUUACAGGACACACCGUCAAUAUCCAGGACACUGUGGGAGUGGUGGAAAGAGCGUCGGGAUGGGGUCGCGGCUGAGCAGCUGAGUAGUGGAGAGACCCUCGAGCAAGUUUACGGAGGAGGAAGAGAACUUGAACUUUCCGAGGCACAACGGGUACUUCUCGAUGGAAACGACUUGACGAUUUACCAACAGUGGCUGGCUACACAACGGCAAUUACAAGCCACACUGCAGACCGGUGGUUCCACUGCCCUCGAAGCAGUGGGUGAUGGCGUGGAUGAUGCCUCAUCCGAAUCCUCCACGGAGUCAGAAGAGUCGGAGACCGAACAGCAAGGAAGAGCUCUGAAUGUGUCGACGACUAUGGGACAGGCAAGCAGGAAGAAGGUGGUCUUGAAGGACGAGGACUUGGGAAUCAACGUCCUGGUAAAGAAAUCGGGCGUGCAUGACUACGACGUGCGUGGAAAGCGAGGCAGGGAACGAAUAUUCCCAAUACCAGUACGAAGGAAGAGGAACGACGAAUUCGGUGAUCUUAUCCGACCAGAAGACUUCCUCAAAGCAGAAGAGCGUGAUGACGACGGACAGGAUCAAAGUUCUGUGAAGAAGGAGGAAACCGAGGGCAUUGGAAAGAAGCGCAAGUGGGAUGACCUCGGCAAAAAGGCCACCACCACCAACAAACGCCCCCAGUUGAACAGAGCCGUGUCUGACGAUGAGCCAAUGUCAGCCCCUUCGGAGGGUUCCGCAGCCGUGGACGAUGAGCUGGACGGGGGAGAAGAGGAGGAGGUCCCCAACCUGGGCCCUUCAAAAUUGGUCAUUACCAAAGAGACCAUUCCUAUCAACCUGCGCAUUGCAUUCGUCGACGUCAGUGGCCUACACGACAAGCGGUCACUAAACAUGCUUAUCCCACUUAUUGGGCCACGAAAGCUCAUUCUUGUGUCCGGAAACGAGGAGGAAACGAUGGCACUCGCAGCUGACUGCAAGAAGCUCCUUGGGGCCGAGAUCACCACUGCCGACAACAGCAUCACGACGGCCGAGGUGCUGACGCCGGCCGUGGGGGUCUCGGUGGACGCCAGCGUCGACACAAAUGCGUGGGUCGUCAAGCUGGCCGACCCGCUUGUCAAACGUCUCAAGUGGCAGAACGUCCGCGGCUUGGGAAUUGUGACCGUCACGGCAAGGCUGGUGGGCGCAGAGGGCAACGCAAACACGCACCCGCACCUGCCCGGGGCGGCUGAGGAGGAAGCAGCCGCCCACAAGCGCCUCAAGACCGAGGGCGACAACGACGCCAAGGAGCAGCCCGAUGAUGUGAAGGAGGCUGGGGUGCCCGUCGUGCCCACGCUGGACGUGCUGCCCACGACUAUGGCGUCGGCGUCGCGGUCGGUCGCGCAGCCACUGCACGUGGGUGACCUGCGGCUGGCGGACCUGCGGAGGGCGAUGCAGACGGCGGGGCACACUGCCGAGUUCCGGGGCGAGGGCACACUAUUGAUCGACGGGGCGGUCGCGGUCAGGAAGAGUGCGACCGGGAGGAUCGAGGUGGAGAGCAUCUGCGUGCCGGCUGCCGCCGCAACUGGCGUACCGCAACAGGGGGGCACUUUCUGGGCGGUAAAGAGGAUGAUCUACGACGGCUUGGCUGUAGUGGCUGGGGCUUGA